UCAGGCUACAGAGGAGGAGCUUUCUACCUCGAAAUCAUCAUCCCGCCGGACUACCCAAACGGCCCGCCAAAUAUCUAUUUCAUCACGCCAAGAUUCCAUCCUCUUGUGGAAAGUACGGGAGAUAUGUCUACUGGAGUGUGGACUGUGUACUGGAGGUCUACUUUGAGCAUUUUGAAGUGUAUGGAUGAAAUUUACGCAAUUCUAGAGCGGCAACCUGAGGGGGAUCCUUUCAAUCUGCGAGCUUCAGAACUUUGGAAAAACGACCGGCAUGAAUAUUACCAAACAGCCCGUGAGUGGACAAGGAAGCAUGCCAUGAAUAUGGAAAUUGUCUAG